GAGGAGAUAGUGGGCUCAGUCCAAAAGUACAGUUUAACUUUAAUUCAGAAACCCAAACUUAUUUACAAGAAUCAAGAUGAAUUUUCUUUCCUUAUUUUGGUUCCGGAUUGAUUAAUUUUCCAGUUUGAUCAAUAGAAUCAUUUGUUGGGUUUCCCGGACUUUGUUUCUCAAUUUUCAUAUCGUAUAAAUUCAAUUUCUUCAUCAAACAACAUGAAAAGGAAGAAGAAAGACAGUGGUAAGACAAUGGAUGAUUCCUCCUCCGAGUUGGAGUUGCAGAAGAGCGGCGAUUACUCUUUUGUUUGGGAUCCUCAAACUCGUCUCUACUUCCAUGCCAGUAGUGGAUUUUACCAUGAUCCUGAUGCUGGAUGGUACUAUAGCAGUAGAGAUGGUCUCUAUUACGCAUUUGAGAAUGGUAAUUAUGUGCUUUUGGACAAGGAAGGAACUAUGGCUGAUGAUUCUGUUUUAAACGAGCAAUAUGCCUCUGCGUUUAAUGGUCCCGUGUAUCGCUCUUCAACUCUGGGCAAUGAAGUAGAUGCUUACAAUACUGCCAUCAAUAUUGCUGAUGAAUCUACUGAUGCAGGUUUGAUAAAGGACACCAGUACUCAAGUGUUGGAACACCCACCGCCACCAUCAGAAUGGUUAGAAGACACACUUAUUGAUCUUUAUCUUUCUGGUUAUAAGUUGCCUGUCGAUUCUGCUGCUGAUGCAAAUACUUCUUUAGAAACAGACGACAGCGAGAAGUUUAUGUUUCCUUCUGAUGGAAAUGAUGAAAUGUACGAAUUGGAAGAGGGUGAAUGGAUCCCUGAGGAAAACCAUGGUUUCACUGAUUCAAGUGAAGUGGUUCCAUAUGAAGGUGAUACAUGGGAUGAAGAAAACUGGCGAGCCCAAUACGGUCAAGUCACACAUUGCGAAGAAGAGCCCAUGCCAGAAUUCCCAGUUGUCGAUUUAUGGGACUGGAGUAUGGCAAGAAGACCAAAACAGGAUGGAAAAAAUCAGGUGGCCAGACUGAUAGGUCGGCUGGUAAAACCAUCAGCUAAAGUUCACCCUUCUGUGCCUUCUGGUGGCGGUUUAUUGAAAACUGCUCCUAUAUGUGAAGUUCAUCUUGACCUGGUACGAGUUAGAACAGGACAAGUGUACAAAUUGCGAACUCCAAGUCCGAGGUACUUGGCUUCCUUGUCGUCAUAUGAUUCUUCUGAUCCAACAAAAGACUGGGGCUUCCCUGAUUUACUAGUCAAUAAGAAAGCUUCCCUCCAGUUUAAAUCGAGACAAAAUCAUAAAUCAGAAGCAACUGGAGAGAAAGGCUUCAGAGAUUUGUUUAUAUUGUCAGAUCAGCCCUCUACAUCUUUGAAGGGAAGCCAUGUAUAUCGAGAUAGAGCUGCUGAGAGAAGAACCUUGCAUGGUGGCUUUGGUCUGGGUCCAGGGCAAAAAAGUGUGGAAACUGAACAUGACAGUGAUCCUACCUGUAUAGAAGAUGCCAAAUCUGAAGCCUUGAACAAGUCUUUUGGGGAAGGCAGUUAUGCCAGACGAAUUCUAGAAGGCAUGGGCUGGAAGGAGGGGGAGGCUCUUGGUAGCACCAGAAAAGGCUUGACAGAACCAUUACAGCCAACCGGGAACAUUGGUAAUGCUGGAUUAGGAUGGCCUCAAACAAGGCACGGGUGAGAUUGUAAAGGCACCACGUCCAAAAUCUUCAAAACUGGAAGAACGUCUCAAUGGCGUUGAAAAAUCCGUUAGCCUUUUUCUGCUGAGUACAUAAAUUCCUGAAUCUUGUUUUAGGCAAUAACAAAACAAGGCCUUAUAAUUUUAACCUAUACCUUCUGAAAUUUUCACGAGGCUUGCAAUUGUUUAGUAGCUGCGAGUUAAUGUUUAUGGUGCGAAAUCACUAAAACG